UCAGAGACUUGUAGUGGCUUCACAGACCACCAGUGGGUGGUGGACCACUGGAUCUUAAAAAAAGGAAGUUUUGUCCUGUUUAUGUCCUCCCGUGUCAACAUGAAGAGAGGUAAGCCUAUAACUUUCAUAUAGCAUUCUGCCACCUCUCAUGCAUGUAGCCUACACUUGUUAGUGAAAUGAACGCUACAAAGAACAGGAGGAACUUUAAAGAGAGAUGCAGAAGCCACAGACACAAAGAAUUGUAGUAGGAGUAGAAUGGGGGAGGUGAUGAGAGGUAGGGAAAAUGAGUAAUCCAGCAAGUGUGGAAAAAGGGAGCCCCUAUUGGCCUGGCGUGCCGCAUGGAACAUUUUCCCGACAGAACAUGUGGAAACAGAAUGGGGCUGUGGCAUUGAUGGGAACACAAGGCAGAAGGUAGGUGAUUUUUGCUCUCAUUCCCAAGAUUAAUCACCUCUAAUAAGAUCACCAGCCAGCUGACAUCUGGGCCAAGCAUGGUGGACCUGUGCCUGGUGUGAUAUCCAGAGAUUUAGGAAGUGCUUAGGGUCCUUCAAAUCCUUUCAGUUUUUAUGCUGGACUGGCUUUGAAUCAACCACUAUGUUACUCUCCAUGUCUCCAUUCUCACCUACUGAGAAUGAAUGUGACCAUACAUGUCAAUACGAUUAGAUAAACAUCUAAAUCCUGUUUACUCCCUGCACCAACCCCCAUCUCUGAUCUUAUAUUGUUCAUGCUGCCCCAUUACAACAGAUAACAAACAUGUUUUUAUCCUCAAGAAACCCUUAUUUAGUUGUAUCACCUGAAAAACCCCAAAUCCCCACAGCAGACAGACAGCUUACAUUCUACUUUCUAUGCUGUGCCUCAGUAAUCUCUUAUACAUCCAAACAUGUCUAAACAGUUUUUAAUAUAACUGUAUGUGAGUGUUGCUUAUGUCCUCUUGUGUUUGGAGUUCAGGCACCGGCAUAAACUCAAGGAAGUCACCCCUGAGGAAAGUUUUCAAUGGUUGAGUGGAUAGAUGGAUUGCAUUAUUAGCUGCUGGCAUGGACCCUCGCAUGUACAUUCCAGGGAAAAAAAAUGGGAGUUCUUAAUUAUCCAGUUCAUUUGGAUUCCAAUAUAAACAAUUGAGGAAAUAAGAACGAACUGGCUGUUCUCUCUCCACCCCACCUGGAGUUCACAGCCUCUUAUGGAGUUAGAUACUGUACAGAAUGAAACAGGUAUACCUGCUUAAAGUCAGUUGCUGGAACUGGCCAUGGGCCAACAGUGGACUUCCACACAAUUGGACAAAAUAUUGUUUUAAGGAAAAGUUCAAAAUUGUGAUACAAUUACCCUAGCCAAUGAGAAAGUUCACUGAAAGUUCCAUGCAGUUUUGAGUGUUUAUUGAUGUCAUCCAUUGUGUGUAUAUACACAAAUGUAAUUUACCUAUUGAUUGCCAGCAAAUACUAUAUUAAUGUAUCAUUUCUCAUUGUCUGAGUCAUGAUUGAUAAAGUUUUAUAGACAUUGUUCUGAGCUUGAAUCAUUAUUUUGGAAGGAAUGAAUCUUUAAUUCCGUUUCUAAGGUUACAGUUACUUGCUAUUAUACUUUUAGGUUAGCAACCUGACCCUUGAAUUCAUGUAUAAUAAAUGCACUUGAAUCACUCACCCUCAAUCAUUGUUUCCAUGGCAAACGUUAGGAGAAUGCAGUGGUACAUUCAUGCAUGGUGACAUAAGAAACUGUGUACUGGCAGUAUUUCCUGAUGCUGAACAUAGCAAGAGUGCACUUAAAAGAAAGAUCUUUCUCCAGAUGCUCUAAUGACAAAAGAGGAGAUAACAGAGAGCUUAGUUAUUUCUGAAAUAAUCUCUCUCUCUCCUGUUCCGUCUCAAUAUCUCCUCCUCUGCUCUCUCUCUUCCUCUGUGUAUCUCCCUCUCUUUCUCCCUCUCUCUCUCUCUCUCUCUCUCUCUCUCUCUGAGUCCCAGCCCCUGAAGGUGUCAUAACUGUGCUCUCUCCCUCUCCCUCUCUUUCACCGCCUUUCAGAUCUUUAAAAGCUGCUGCUUGCUGUGUCUCUCUCGCUCUCUGUUUGUAUCCUCUGGCACCGCAGGGGACUCCUAGCUGCCUUCGCAACUAAACAGGCUGAGCACCAAGCAAAAGCUGAAGAGAGGGAAAGGAAACAGAUAAAAAGGAAGGGAAAGAAAGCAGAGGAAGGAGAGAGCGAGGAAGACAUAAGGGAAAGGGAACAUAAUACACCAGAAAUAGCAUCAGCCUUCACAUUUUCGACUUUCAGAGAGGAGAGUAUGGAAAACCCAAGACCGGGGCGCAAGAUGUCUCUGCUCUCGAACCUGACUGCCAUCGUCCUGCUGCUGAUUGCCCAGUGCGGAUCCUGGACUCUCGCCAGCCGCCUAGGCCCCCACAAAGGCUGUCUCUCCUGCAAAGAUCCCCUGGCGUCUGGCAGCCGGGCCUCUCGGGACCACGCCAGCACGGCCAGCAGCACAUCUGUCUUGGCCCUCGGGGAGCCGUGCGGUGUGUACACCUUGAGCUGUGCCAAGGGUCUACGCUGCGUGCCCCCACCGCGUGAGCACAGCCCCCUCCAGGCUUUACUGCAGGGAAGGGGCUUCUGCGUCAAGCACAGCCGACCCAGUCCCACUGAGAGGCCCCACCCCACAGGUCCCCAUCCUUCACAUGUUGGAGAAAUAGAUAAAGCUCCCUGUCGCAAGCUGCUUAACUCUGUGCUACGGGGCCUUGAACUGACUAUUUUCCAGUCAGACCGCGACAUCUACAUCCCCAACUGUGAUACUCGUGGUUUCUACAGGAAAAAACAGUGUCGGUCCUCUAUGGGCAUGCAGCGGGGCAACUGCUGGUGUGUGGACGAGCUGGGAACUGCCCUCCCUGUCCGCCCCAGUGAGGACGGCUCCUUGCCCUGUGAUGGGGAGUGAUACUCAGAGCCUAGAGGAUACGUAGGAAGAGGCCGAAGGAGGCAGAGAGGAGGCUGCGGAGAGGAGGUGGCUUUUGCUUCUGUGCUAGACACUGCCUGGCUAGGAGAAACUAGAGAGAAAUCACUUGAAAUGGAAAAAGGUUCACCCAAACACCCAUCCACUUGAGGAGGAGAAAGCCCUUUGACCACUCGUUAACCCCCGAUCAUGGCCCCAAAGUGGAUGGUCCUUUUUCUCCUUGGGAAAGAAUACUGCCUCGUGUUUGGUCAUUUCUCAUAGACUAAAAUACUGUUAAGCAAGCAGAGUUGAUAAUGAUUAAUGAUGAUAAUGGAGUUGAUACAACAAUAAAACAAACCUGUCUCCCCACCAUCCUCUCUCCAACUCCUAAGAGAUACACUGAUUAGAGUAUAUACACUUAAAAUGAUCAAACAUCAUUUAAUUUAUUCUGAAGUACAAUGACAUUUCCAUUCAGAUUUGCAUAUAUUUGAAUUCUUCAUGUUACCGUAUAAUCAAAAUGUAAAGAUGCUUGUAUAUGUACACAUAAUUUGGGUUGCAUUCUGACUGCUACAACAGUGGAUUGUUUGUACAUAAGUAUGGUUUUGUGGUUGACUGUGUAUUUGAACUGGCAAGUACAAGAUUGCUAAUGGCUGUUACCCUUUCUGAGAUGUUAAGCAUAUUUUUAUACACUUCAAUAUAAUAUUUUAUAUAUAUAUAAAAUUUUGUUUUAUUUAAAUACAGUGCCAUGUAUUUUUAUAUUGUCGGCAGUUUUAUUUCCUUGACAUGACAAAAGCUAUUUUAUUUCAUUUACUGAAAUGUGUUAUGCCCCAAAGGCACACUCAUGGAGCAGAAAUACAACCACAAUACACAGAUAUUCAACUGCUGUACAUGUUUCUUUCUCUUUUGUUUUAAAUUUCAUUUUAAUGUUAUAUAAUAUGUGUGGACCAUAAUAUCAGAAUGUAUUACAAUGUUUGCGUUUGAAAAGUACUGUUUUAAUGAAGUUUCUUUAAUGUUAUUAUCAAUCAUUCCCGAAUAAAUAAAGUAAAAAAAAUAAGUGCACAAAAAGUGUGAUUACACAUUUUUCACACUGAUUAAUGUGGUAUCUGUAUUUGUUGACAAGACGGCUUGUCAAGAAUUUACAAUUCUAAAUUGUAAAUUUACAAUUCAAUUAGCUAAAGACAUGAGUAAAAUGGAAAAAUAAAUACAUAAAUUAAUAAAUAAAA